GGUCAUCACGGAGAAAGCAAAACAGAAGAAAAAAUGGGAAACAAAGUGAUGACGUUUGUGGUUCUGAUGCUGGUGAUGUGCUAUGGAGUUUCAGUAGCGCUGGGGUACACUGGUGAUCAGGAUGAAGGUUGGAGGAGAGGGACGGAGGAGAAAGAAGAUUGGAGGGAGGAGCAGGAAAGCGGUGGGAGGAGGAGGCCGGAAGAGGAGGAGGGGCAUUAUCCGGAAUCGGGAGGGGAAGAAUCGGAAGAAGGUUGGUUUUUGCUGCCACAGGCAAAGCAGGUAGUGAAAACUGCAGCAGGAGAGAUGAGAGUGGUGAUGAGUGCGCGCAGUAGGGUUGUUGAUAAGCCCAUGCAUAUUGGGUUUAUUACAAUGGAGCCUAAGUCUCUCUUUAUUCCUCAGUAUCUCGACUCCAAUCUCAUCCUCUUUCUCUGCAGAGGAGAAGUAAAGGUGGGAUUGAUCUACAAAGAUGAAUUGGGAGAGAGGAGAUUGAAGACAGGGGAUGUGUAUAGAAUUCCAGCUGGGUCUCCAUUUUACUUGGUGAACGCUGGAGAGGGCCAGAGGGUUCACAUCAUUUGCAGCAUUGACACAUCUGAGAGUUUGGGAAUGGGUUUGCAGUCCUUCUUCAUUGGUGGAGGAAGCAACCCACAGUCUAUUAUUGCUGGAUUUGACCGUGAAGUACUUGCAAAUGCCUUCAAUGUCACAUCAUCAGAACUAAGAGAGAUGUUCACAAGUCAACAACAAGGUCCAAUCGUCUUUGUGCCCGAAUCUUAUUCGCCAAGUGUCUGGUCAAAAUUCCUCCAGCUGAAACAGCAAGACAGACUUCAAGAAAUGAAGAGUAUGUUUGACAUCCAACAAGAUGAUCACCAAGACAAAUCAGAAACAUGGUCAUGGAGGAAGCUCUUGAACUCAGUUUUUGGCGCUGAUUCAAACGACAAAAAGUGGAGGCGAGAUGACUACGAUAAGGGCAAGGGAACAGGAAAAUCACCAGACUCUUACAACCUCUACGACAGAAAGCCCGACUUCAGAAACGACUACGGAUGGAGCAUGCAGCUCGAUGAUUCUGAUUACUCACCGUUGAAACACUCUGACAUCGGCGUUUACCUUGUCAACCUUACCGCUGGGUCAAUGAUGGCACCGCAUGUGAAUCCGAGAGCGACAGAAUACGGCAUUGUGUUGAGAGGCUCCGGAACACUACAGAUUGUGUUCCCAAAUGGGACACAAGCCAUGAAUGCCAACAUAGAAGAAGGUGAUGUAUUUUGGGUGCCAAGGUACUUCCCAUUCUGUCAAAUCGCAUCAAGAACCGGCCCGCUCGAGUUGUUUGGAUUCACAACCUCGGCGCGGAAGAAUAGGCCUCAGAUUUUGGUUGGUGCGGCGUCUGUUCUUCAGGAGCUCAAAGGACCCGAGCUUGCAGCUGCUUUCGGCGUGACUGAAGACCGGUUGAGGAGGUUUGUUGAUGCUCAGCGCGAGGCAGUGAUCUUGCCUACGGCACAAGCAGCACCGCCGUACAAGGAGGAGAGGAAGCCGCCGAAGGAGGAGGAGGAAGAGAGGAGGCAGCAGCAUCCGGAAGAGGGCGAGAGAAGGGGGGAUGCGGGAAGGUUCGAUUGAGAGAGAAGGGAGGAUGACAGAAAGGAUAAGGGAAGGUUUGAGAGGUUCGACAGGGUCCAAGAGGCGAUCAAGAGUGUCACGGGUUUCGAUUGA